CACACUGCAUGGGCGAAAAUGCCGCUCGAGUUCACAGCCUUCCAUGUCGCUGGAUUCUUUGUUCCUGGCGGAUUGGUCCUCGUCAUCGUUCUUUAUUGGAUUUCUAAAAUCAAUUCGAUGACCACACCAGGUGGACUUUGGAAGGUGGCUGUAUCGCACGGGCCCCGAUUCUUUUUAACCUUUUUAAUCGGGCUCUGUCUUGGAAUAUUCCUACCCUCACUCACAUUCAUAACCGUAAAUAAUCCUGGAAAUUCCAUCCCUGCAACAAAAGUAGCAAAUAGUGAGCAGCAGGAAUUGUACGAGAGCCUCAGCCAUUGGUUGCAAAUGAAUUCCACAUUUGCAGUGGAUUUGUUGACAGAGACGAGAGAAAUCGAAGCCAGACGAUUAGCCGAGCGAGUGCGAAUUUUAUGCCUGGUGAUCGACGAUCCGUACCAAACGCAGAGGAGAAACGGCUCGAAAGCCACUUGGGGACGUCAUUGCAACAAACUCAUUUUUACGAGCGAAGUUACAAAUAGGAAGAAAAGAGUCGUGGAAAAUUAUUCCAGCGCGUGGAAAAGCGUUGUGCGUGCUUUGAAAUUCGUGCACAAAAAAUAUAUCUACGAUUUUGAGUGGCUCGUUAGGCUGGAUGAUGAAACCUUUCUUCUGGUUGAGAAUUUACGUCGCGCUUUGGAACCAUUCAGCAUUGAUGACCCAAAUAAUUACGGAGUUCAUUUCAACACUCUAAACAAGCCGAAUACUUCAACGGGUUAUGCAUUGAGCCGGCAAGCGGUAAAGAAAUUAGUGGAAGAAGGAUUUUCUUCCAACACGUCAAAUUGCAGAGAUGAAAACGCGACAGAAGUGGAUGACGACUUAGAAAUCACUUCUUGUAUGAAGCGUCUGAAAAUGAAGCCGUUCAAAAUCAACGGCGAGACUCUGCCGUUUGACGACAAAAAGUUCUCUUUACCUUUGGUGAGAGGGAAAAGCUGGUGGAAAGAGGAAUUCGAGUUUUGGCCUUAUGGAGAUUCACCCAGCCCGCCGAAAAAGCGGACAUCCUGUUGCCGCAGAAACGUAAUUUCAUUUCACCAAGCGUGGCCGCAAAAAAUGUAUUUGCUCGAAUAUCUAAUUUAUGAUGUGCAAGUCUAUGGAGCCCCAUUUCAUAUCACUUCUAAUGAAAAAGACACCCGGAUCUUCUACAAUUAAUAAAUUGUUUUUGAAAUUUAAUUAAAAAAUAAUAUACGAGAAU